ACCCAAGACGGUGACGGUUUUCACGUACCCCAGUCAGCAAAGAAGAACCAAGAAACACAGAUCCAGGGAAUAUAGACUUCAAAAGUCUAAAACCCUAUAAAAGAAGAAGAGGAAGAAGGGUUUUCUCGUAAAAUUUAAUUACAUCCAUAGUUGGCCUUUGCUGGAGUGCCAGGAAGGAGGAACACAACUUUACUUGACGAAGUCCUAUUCGGGACCAAUUGUUAGAUUGUUGUCCAGGGAGUACCUCGCAGAUUACCAGCGAAAGAUGUCCGUUAGCGCUCCCAGUGUGUUCAUGCUAAACGUGACUGGCCAAGUGGAGAGCGGAAAGUUUAUCGAAGGAGAUAAUCUUUAUUUUUCAUAUUGCUUCACUUCGGGGCAAGACUGGGAGGCCAUUUCUGGUCUGGAAGAGUGCAUCUCUCAAAUAACACGUCGUAGUGAUGAUGAGAGACAGAUCUUCACCUGGAACUUUCCCAUUGACAUUACCUUCAAAUCGACUAAUCCCUUUGGCUGGCCCCAGUUGGUGCUGAGUAUUUAUGGAACAGAUAUCUUUGGAAACGAGGUUGUUAUGGGGUACACAGCCUGUCACCUUCCAUUAGCUCCUGGAAAACAUACACGCAAACUCACCACCUUUGUACCAGAAUCUGCAUCUACCAUUCAGAAAUUCAUGGCCUGGCUGACGGGACGAAGACCAGAGUUUGUAGACCCAAAAUUAAUAGCACAGGGCAGAGGACGUGAAGUUACCCGCGUAAGAUCACAAGGAGAGGUAACGGUCUCUUUCAACGUAAUGAUGAAGGAUUUUGCCAAGCUGGGUUAUGACUGCGGCGUUCCUCCAAGAACACCUUACUUUGAUGUUCCCGUCCAGAACGUCAAAGGAACUGUGCUAAGCGGUGCGGGACACAGUGAAGCUUAAUAUGUAUGGAUGAAAUAUUUGCUUGAUCCGUACAGCAUAAUCUCGGGUUGUAUAAACUUAUUAUGCUCUUCUUCCAUGCCAUAUAGUCUUAACCAAAUGACAUAUACCCCUUAGAAAAUUUAUUAGUUAUGCUGUUGGCUGAAGCUUUAUAGUACAAAAGAGUUUUGCAGUUGAAGGGAACAGAGGAGCUGUAAUACUUCUGAGUGCUUCAGUGUAAUGGCAGCUGUCAUAUAUUAGUGCCUAGGAAAUUACUUUUUUCAGAUUUUUUGCAAAGUUUUAUAUAUUUGAGGAAACUUUUCAAUAUGUUAUCUUGUGAAUAAAGGUAGAACUUUAAGGCUGUUUUGUAAUCUCUGUACUGCUAGUCAUUUCUGCAUAAAGCAUUAAGAUGCUUGAUUUUUAUACAAGUAUUUUAUUUUCUAUUUGAUGAUAACUGUAUAUAUAGGAGUACUGAAGUCUUUUUUAAUUAAAUGCUGAUGAUUUUUUUUCUCAUAUGCCGAAGAAUGUACAUUUGAUUUAUGUAAUCUUCUGAAAUGUGAAGUAAAAUAAUUUAAACAUCAA